AUGCCCAGCAAAACCAAGUACAACCUUGUGGACGAUGGGCACGACCUGCGGAUCCCCUUGCACAACGAGGACGCCUUCCAGCACGGCAUCUGCUUUGAGGCCAAGUAUGUAGGAAGCCUGGAUGUGCCGAGGCCCAACAGCCGGGUGGAGAUUGUGGCUGCCAUGCGCCGGAUUCGGUAUGAGUUUAAAGCCAAGAACAUCAAGAAGAAGAAAGUGAGCAUUAUGGUUUCAGUGGAUGGAGUGAAAGUGAUUCUGAAGAAGAAGAAAAAGCUUCUUUUAUUGCAGAAAAAGGAAUGGACAUGGGAUGAGAGCAAGAUGCUGGUGAUGCAGGACCCCAUCUACAGGAUCUUCUACGUCUCUCAUGAUUCCCAAGACUUGAAGAUUUUCAGCUAUAUCGCUCGAGAUGGUGCCAGCAAUGUCUUCAGGUGUAAUGUCUUUAAAUCCAAGAAGAAGAGCCAAGCUAUGCGAAUUGUCCGGACAGUGGGGCAGGCCUUUGAGGUCUGCCACAAGCUGAGCCUGCAGCACACGCAGCAGAAUGCAGACGGCCAGGAAGACGGGGAGAGCGAGAGGAACAGCAACAGCUCCGGGGACCCAGGCCGCCAGCUCACUGGAACCGAGAGGGCCUCCAUGGCCACCGCAGAGGAAACCGACAUUGACGCAGUGGAGGUCCCACUCCCAGGGAAUGAUGUCCUGGAAUUCAGCCGAGGUGUGACUGACCUGGAUGCUGUAGGGAAGGACGGAGGCCCCCACACAGACUCCAAGGUUUCACCCCACCUCCAGGAUCCCAUGCUGACAGCCUCCCCCCAGAUGCUGCUUCCCUCCUCUUCCUUGAAGCCACCGGGCUUGAGCGCAGGGACGCCACUGUCCACCCACCACCAGAUGCAGCUUCUCCAGCAGCUCCUCCAGCAGCAGCAGCAGCAGACACAAGUGGCUGUGGCCCAGGUUCACUUGCUGAAGGACCAGUUGGCUGCGGAGGCCGCAGCACGGCUGGAGGCCCAGGCUCGCGUGCAUCAGCUCCUGCUACAGAACAAGGACAUGCUCCAGCACAUCUCCCUGCUGGUCAAGCAGGUACAGGAGCUGGAACUGAAGCUGUCGGGACAGAAUGCCAUGGGCUCCCAGGACAGUUUGCUGGAGAUCACCUUCCGCUCCGGAGCCCUGCCUGUGCUCUGCGACCCCACGACCCCUAAGCCCGAAGACCUGCACUCGCCGCCCAUGGGCGCGGGCUUGGUUGACUUUGCCCACCCGGCGGGCAGCCCCUUAGGUAGGCGCGACUGCUUGGUGAAGCUGGAGUGCUUCCGCUUUCUCCCGCCCGAGGACACCCCACCCCCGGCGCAGGGCGAGCCGCUCCUGGGCGGCCUGGAGCUCAUCAAGUUCCGAGAGUCGGGCAUCGCCUCGGAGUACGAGUCCAACACGGACGAUAGCGAGGAGCGUGACUCGUGGUCCCAGGAGGAGCUGCCGCGCCUGCUGAAUGUCCUGCAGAGGCAGGAGCUGGGCGACAGCCUGGACGAUGAGAUCGCCGUGUAGGUGCCGGGGCCGAGGCGAUGGCGGAGGAGGUGGCCGCGGCGUCAGUGUCCAGGGGCCGUGUCUGCCUGCUGCCGGGUCGG